AUGGUUGCUGCUCAUGAGCCUGCACCUAAGCGGGGAGCUGUUGGGUUUUCGUCGGGCUGGAUCACUGCGUUUGCUAUCGUGAGCCUUGUCGCUAACAUCGUCUUCCUCAUCGGGUGUGCCACACCGACGACCAAGGAUAUUGCCCUUUACCGAGUCAACGUUGCCAUUGCAGGAGAGUCGUUGAAGGAGCUCGCGGCCAUCGACAGCCCAGGUCAAACAAAAACACAACCGCUUGGUUAUGAUGACCUACCCACCUAUUGGUACUGGGGGAUGUCAGGAAUAUGCGACGUCUACGAAACAACCGGCGAAACACGCUGUCGCAAGGCAUUCCCGCCGACUCAAAACCUCCUCACAAUCCUUCGGGAGUCCCUGGAGGGCAACAAGAACAGGAAGCAGCCCACCGAGGAUAUCAUCGCAUCCUGGAACACGACACUCAGCAACAUCAACUACAGCCGACUCCGCGAGAAAGAAGGCACCUUAGAGUUGGAAAGCAAAGCCAGCGCCGCCCUAGCCAUCAUCGCCAUUGCGCUUGACGUCAUAACACCUUUUAUCGCUUUAUCCCUCCGUCGGGCGUCGAAACCAAGUCUUCCGUACUUGCUCCCGCUCUUUAGCGGCCUGAUUGCCGGGGCCGCUGGUGUGCUGGCUGUCAUGUCGAUGAAGAGCGGGAUUCACGACCUUGCCAACAACGGGGAACACGGAGGCGCGGCGAUUAUCAUCUUGUUCGUUGGGGCGGCUUUACGGAUACUUUCAUGUGGUGGUGCUGCGCGCAAUCCCCAUCCUGCUACUGACGAUGCUGCUGCUGCUGCUGAGGGGAGGUUGCAGCCACCACCUGGGGUGCCGAGGAACGACUGGAUUGGGUUCCUGGGGGAGAACUAUAUCUACGCACUGUUCGGAAACAACCUCCCAGGGUGGUCUUACGAGAACUGGACCAGCCACCUGCGCAAGUAUGCGCAGUUUCCUGAGUUCCUCCUCCCGCAGUCCCAAUUUUCCGACUUUACCUACGCUGAUCCCUCUGGCCGCAUGCCGGGGUUCCUGAGCACCAUGGGUGUACCCGUAUCCCCGCAUUGGUCGAGUAACACCAAAUACCAUCUCGAGGUGAAGGCCACGCCUGGACACUGUGGUGCCGAGUUUUAUGUUAGCCAGUAUCAGGCCCGGAAGAUGCAGGAUUAUGCCGGUGAUCCGAAUAAUGCAUAUGUUCUGACCCGUGUGUUCAACCUGGGGAGCUCGCCGGACUUGAGAUGCUUCCUUGACCCGUGGUCUCACCCUGCUCUUGCUUGGGGAGAGCAACGCAGCGAUGGGGACUAUCCGGUACGCACAAAGUAUUGA